AACUUAACUCACACUCCCAAGUCAACGCGGCGAGUUGCUCACCUCCUAUUCUCCCGCAAACUCCUCUCAUAUGUCUGACGGGGCGCGUUAAAAGAAAACUCCAGGAGGUGAAAUACGCGAAAGAAGACACAAACUUCUCCACCAGAAGCGAAGCAGGAGGAUUUUUACAGCCCCAACCCCGGGACCAGAGCCCCUCUUUCUGCGGGCAAAGGCGGCUGAACUUUUUUUUUUCUCUCUUUAAAAUAUAACCGCAAAAAACAACAAAAAAUGAAUCGGAGCUUUAAUAAGUCGCAACCUCUGCGGAAUGCGGAUUGUAACGCCGUGGAGGUGAAAAGCAAGUAUGGGGCAGAGUUUCGCCGGUUCUCUGUGGAUCGAGUCAAACCGGGCAAGUUUGAGGAGUUUUACAAGCUCAUCCUGCACAUUCACCGCAUCGCUAACAUGGAGGUGAUGAUCGGCUAUGCUGACGUCCACGGGGAUUUGCUCCCGAUCAACAACGAUGACAACUUCUGCAAGGCGGUGUCAACAGCUCAUCCGCUGCUCAGGAUCUUCAUACAGAGACAAGAAGAGGUCGACUACUCUAACUAUGGCACCAACACAAUAACUAGAAAGAAGAAGGCGGUGGUUGCCCUACGCAACAACGACAUCAACCGCAAGCGACCACACAUUCGCAUCGGCAUGCCGCAAGACUUCCGGCCCGUCUCCUCCAUCAUCGAUGUGGACAUCCUACCUGAAUCUCACCGCCGCGUCCGACUGUAUCGCCACGGCUCAGACAAACCCCUUGGCUUUUACAUCCGAGAUGGAACCAGCGUACGGGUGACGUCACACGGACUCGAGAAAGUCCCUGGCAUCUUCAUAUCUCGGCUGGUGCCGGGAGGGUUGGCGGAGAGCACCGGGCUGCUGGCGGUGAAUGAUGAGGUGCUGGAGGUGAACGGCAUUGAAGUGAGUGGAAAGUCUUUAGAUCAGGUGACGGAUAUGAUGAUCGCCAACAGCCACAACCUGAUCGUGACAGUCAAGCCGGUGAAUCAGCGCAAUAAUGUGGUCCGCAGCAGCAGGAUCUCGGGGAGCUCCGGCCAGUCGUCUGACAGCAGCGGGUCGACUGGUUACCCGAGUUUGUCUGUUGCCUCAAUGGGGGUUACCUCAAUGGUGUCAUCUGGAGCACACGGGUACCAAGAUGACCUGGAGAGCGAUGAAGAGACGGAUAUAGUCAUUGAGAGCAGCCUCAAGCGGCCGUCUCAGAGGUCAAACGCUUCUCUGGCGUCCAGUGCGUCUCGCACACACCAGCAGACACCAACAACAGCUUCAGGCCCAGCGGCACCUCCGAGCCCGCCCUCACGUCCUGCGUCGGUGGUUUCCACUGCCUCCUUCCACUCCCAGCCGAGCCUCAACGGAGGGUCCCACCACCACCACCACAGCAGCCUCAGCUACCAGCUCCACAGAGACCUGAACCUUCAGCACAACCCGCACCAACAGUCCCAGCACCGCCAUCACCAAAUACAGCCUCCGCAUCACAGCAGCAACCCAGCCCUCCGUCACAGCAACGGCAGCCUGCACAGAAUCCUCAGCUCUCUGAAAACGGACCCACGACACAGUCUCGCACUGCCCAGGGGAGGGGUGGAGGAGGACGGCACCGUCAUUACCCUAUAAUACUUACAAACAAACACAGACACAAACAUCCCAACUGCUCAGAGACUAAAACUGGAACACCAGGCCGGAUAAACAUGAGCACCAGUGUGUUUUGUCAGAUACUAAUUUUGUAACUUCUCUGCUUUUACAAGAUAAUUGAUCAUUGGAAGUUGCAAGCCAGGAAACGCGGAAAAUGUAUUGUAUAUAUUUCCUGUAUUUUUUAAAGCUGUCUUCGUCUUACAUCAAAAGAUUUGUACGUAUGUAAUAAGCAUCAGAACAAAUACGUGUUUUUAGGCAAGUCCACUGUAUCCUAGAGUUCUGAAUGUGCCUACAGCCUAAUCUCUUUUGUUAGUGACCACUUUUAUUAAAGAUCCUUUUCAUUCUUAUUACCGGGACCAACAUGGGGUUGCUUAUGGAUGUUUUUAAAGAGUAAAAUCUAUAUUUCUUAUAUUCUGAUAAAUGCUGUUUAGAGUAUGAUUUUUUUUUUUUAAAUAGUUCUUUUAUGCAUUGAUGAUUGUGAUCAAAUCCUUGUAUCUGUUCCAAUAAAUUAUUCUAAGUCUGCAAAA